AUGGCAAGAGAUAGAUACUACAAAUUACAGAACAAACUGCAUAUUGUAAAUAAUUUCGAAGAGCAUGGCGGAAAUGACAAACUUUGGAAGGUUAGACCAGUAAUUGUUGCUUUUAGAAAUAAAUGUAUUAGUUUACUCAGGUCUCAACACCUGUCUGUGGAUGAACAGAUGAUUCCAUUCACGGGGAGGUGUAAUAUGCGGACAUAUGUGCCUAACAAACCUAAUCCACUUGGCCUCAAAAAUUUUAUUUUGGCAUCAUCAGAUGGACUUGUCCUUGAUUUUGCUGUAUACAAUGGCAAAGAAACGAUUCCUGAAAGCGACCAAAAUGAACAUGAGCUGGGAGUGAGUAUACUCAAACUGCUGGCAAGAACUGUACCCAUUGAUUACAGUCAUGUAAUUUACAGUGACAGAUUUUUCACCAGUUCAAAAUCUGUUCAGCUUUUACUAGACAGGAAUAUAUUUCAAACAGGAACUUUGAUGGCCAAUAGAAUAAAAGAAGUAGCUUCUAAGUUCAAGAGACACCAGGAGCUACAGUGGGUACAAUGGGAUGAGAACAUAGGGGAGGACCAGGAAGUUUGUGCCCUCAAAUGGAAGGGCAAUAAACCCGUCACUUUGUUAUCCACGUGCAUAGGGAGCGAACCAGAGGGUACCUGCAAACGAAGGUGUAAUACAGAGAAAGCAGAUGUUAGUGUCAAACAGCCAGCCAUCUUCAAGAGCUAUAAUCGCAAUAUGGGUGGCAUUGAUCUUUGUGAUAGAUACAUGACAUACUAUAGGUCAAACAUCAGGACAAAAAAAUGGACUGUCAUCGUAUUCAACCACUUAAAUGAUUUAGCCAUAAUUAAUUCAUGGAUUAUGUACAAAAGGAUACCAGAACAAAAGUGGAUGUCUCUCAUUAACUUCAGAAUUCACUUGGCCCACGACUUAGUAAAGUCUUCAAGAAUUGUAGACUCACUAGAAAUGUCGAAACAAAUUUCUCAGAGUGUAACACAGGAGUGUGUCAGCAGUUCUGAUGAAGAUGAGGAGCAUCAAACCAUACAAAACGAAGAAGAAUUAUGCCAAAGCCAACUAGAGAAAGCAAAUGUGACAGGGCUGGCCACCUACCUGAAUAUAUUGAGAGUAUUUUUGCCUCAAUCACGUUCUCACUUAAUGUGUGAAAAGUGCAAUGUUUAUUUGUACGUAUUGUUUUGCUAA